AUUAUCACUCAACCCUUCACAAUCCUUUCUGAUUACCAGUCCUUGUAAAAAUGAAGUUCACCGUUGCUAUCACUUCCAUUGCUGUUGCUCUUGCUCUCAGCAAGACCGUCGAAGCUGCUGAAUGUAGCAAGGCCUAUUAUCAAUGUGGUGGUGAAAACUGGAAGGGCCCUACCUGUUGUGAAGAAGGCUCUUAUUGCCACACUUACCCUGACAACAAGUUCUACUCUCAAUGUCUCCCCAACUCUCAAAAGAGUAACGAUUCCAGCAACACUACCAAGAAGGCCGAAACCACCACUACCAAGAAGGCCGAAACCACCACUACCAAGAAGGCUGAAACCACCACUACUAAGAAGGCCGAAACCACCACUACCAAGAAGGCUGAAGCCACCACCACCUCUUCUUCCGGCAGCGGCUACAAGGUCAUCUCUAGCGGUGCUUCUGGUGAUGGUACAACUACUCGUUACUGGGAUUGUUGUAAGGCUUCUUGCUCAUGGCCCGGUAAGGCUUCCGUCUCUGCUCCCGUCGAUACUUGUGGUAAGAACGGUAUCAGUUUGUUGGACAGCAACACUCAAAGUGGCUGUAAUGGUGGUGAAGGCUACAUGUGUAACAACAACCAACCUUGGGCUGUUAACGAUGAUCUCGCCUACGGUUUUGCCGCUGCUUCUAUUGCUGGUUCCAAUGAAGCUGGCUGGUGUUGUGGCUGUUAUGAACUUACCUUCACUUCUGGUGCUGUCUCUGGCAAGAAGAUGGUUGUUCAAGUUACCAACACUGGUGGUGACCUCGGAAGCAACCACUUUGACUUGCAAUUGCCUGGUGGUGGUGUAGGUAUCUUCAACGGUUGUCAAUCCCAAUGGGGUGCUCCUUCUGAUGGCUGGGGUCAAAGAUACGGUGGUGUCAGCUCUGCCUCAGAAUGUUCUCAACUUCCUUCUGCUCUUCAGGCCGGUUGUAAGUUCAGAUUCAACUGGUUCAAGAACGCCGACAACCCAACCAUGAAAUUCAAGGAAGUCACUUGUCCUGCUGAAUUGGUCUCUCGCUCUGGCUGUAAGAGAAACUAAAUGCAUACAAAACCUGAUACAACAUUCAGUUUUAAAUACCACUUCAAUAAAUUGUAACUUUAAAAUAGCUUAGCAUUUUCAAAA